AUGUGGAGCGAAUGGGAUGCGAGAGAUUGGCGAUUUGAGGUUGCAGAAGGGCGGUGUGUUUGCACUGUUUGCACCCGAGCAUGGGAUUUCCCGAUUCAGAAAUCCUUCGACAUUGUACUUCCUCCAGAGAUGUUCGGUCGCAUUAGUGGUCAGGCACUUCGUUGCACUGGGCGCUCAGUCACAUGUCGGAGGCUAUGCGCUCGCAAGUUCUCGGCACACACCAGCCCCAGCACUGCGACUGCUGCAUCCGCCCCUUCACCUCUAGCAGGAAUCACCGCGGAGCUAGAUCGCAUUGCCCCUCGGUUCGAGGUGCCAGCAUCUCAGAUUCAUAUUAUUGAUACUCCGGCCAAUUUCUACUCUACGCUCAAGAAUAAAAUCCGCAAUGCCCGGCGGCGCGUUUAUCUCUCCACCUUGUACAUCGGCAAGACAGAGCAUGAUCUUGUUGAAACUUUGAGUGAUGCUCUCCGCGACAACCCAGAUCUCAAGGUCUCGAUCCUUACGGACGCUCUGCGCGGCACAAGGGAAACCCCUAAUCCGUCAUGCGCAUCGCUCCUCUGUUCUUUGGUGGCAGAGUAUGGACCGGAACGAGUCGAGGUUCGGAUGUUCCAUACCCCCAACUUGACGGGCUUAAGGAAAAAAUGGAUUCCUCGCCGCAUCAACGAAGGCUGGGGUCUGCAGCACAUGAAGCUAUAUGGAAUUGACGACGAAAUCAUCCUUUCGGGCGCAAAUCUUUCCGAGGAAUACUUCACCCACCGUCUGGACCGAUACCACGUCUUCAGCUCAAAGGCGCUUGCCGAUUACUACUCAACAAUCCACCAUGCCAUUUGCAAUCUGAGCUUCAAGGUGCUCCCAGAUCCUCAAGACAAAUCCAACUAUGUACUGGACUGGCCAGUGGCAAAUAGUGCUCCGUCCCCUCUUGACGACCCUCAGGACUUCAUCAAACACUCCUCAAACUAUCUAACUCCGAUUAUCCGGGCUACCGAAAAUAAACCUGCAAUUGCAUCUGAGGAAAGUCGCACCUACGUCUACCCUGUCUCACAGUUCACCUCACUCCUGGGAUCAAAUGAUACCUCCACCGACUACCCUGCUGUGUCAACCGUCCUGCGCCUUCUAUCCAGCUCAUCGGCAUUCGCCGGCGCACGUUGGCUGUUCACCGCAGGCUACUUCAACAUCCACCCAAUUCUCUCCUCUCUCCUGAUUUCUAGCACGACUACAGCAUCAAAUACCCCCUCCACGACACAGGGCACUGUGUUAACAGCUUCGCCGUGGGCGAAUGGAUUCUAUGGGUCUUCCGGCAUCUCAGGAAUGCUUCCAGCCGCCUACACACACCUUUCAGCUCGCUUCCUCGACCGCGUUGCGAAGGCGCACGCCUCCAACUUCAUCCAGCUCAAAGAAUGGCGCAAGGGAACCGUUGGCACACCCGGUGGCUGGACUUACCAUGCAAAGGGUCUCUGGAUUACGCUUCCAAACGAGCAACACCCAAGUGUAACUGCUGUCGGCAGCAGCAACUACACCAAGCGCAGCUACAGUCUAGAUCUUGAGGCUGGUGCGCUCGUUGUGACUACCGAUGAAGAGCUUAAGCGUAAGCUUGGUGAGGAGACAGCGCGUCUUCAGAAAGAUGCUAGUCCUGUCUCGAGAGAUGACCUCAGAAGAACUGAGCGUCGUGUUGGGUGGAAUGUGCGACUUUCCAUGUGGAUCGUGGAGAAGGUUGGCGGUGCAUUCUGA